GGACUUGCCCUCACAGAACAGAAGAGCGUGCAUUUCGAAGACGAGAUACCUCCUCCAGCCUUUCAGAAGAGGGAGACCAUGUCACUCAAGCUACCUCGGAACGUUUGGGAUUUCAACCUUAAAGCUGAUUCUGCACGUAUAGGCCGUUCCAAGAGUGUGAUGCCAGGAGAACACAGCUCAAAUCGACCUUCAUCUCCCAAUAUGUUGGAGCGUCCUGUAAGGUCAGGCUGGUUGAAGAAGAAGAGGUCUUUAGUGAAGCAGUGGCAAUCCCGCUGGUUUGUUCUUCGAGGAUCUUACCUGAGUUACUACAAGGAGGAGGAAGAUGGAAAACCACAGGGUUGCAUCGUUCUUCAGGACUGCAAGGUUAACGAACAUCCUGCAAACCCAGAAGAUCCAGGAAAGUACCUCUUUGAAAUUGUUCCAGUUUCUGGUGAGCGAGAUCGGCUCGGAAACGUCCAGGACUCACACAUGUUGAUGGCCAAUUCUCAAAAUGAAAUGGAAGAGUGGGUAAAAGCAAUCCGAAGAUCGAUGGGAAGUCUUUCCACAGGAGCUGUCUUCGGCCAGCGUCUGACAGACACACUGGCAUAUGAGCAAAAGUUUGGACAACACUUGGUGCCCAUUAUCGUGGAGAAGUGUGUUGCCUUCAUGCGGGAGCAGGGACUGAAAGAGGAAGGAAUCUUUCGCUUACCUGGGCAAGAUAACCUGGUCAAAGAACUGAGGGAUGCUUUUGAUUCUGGAGAGAGGCCAACAUUAAACAAGGAUACAGAUGUGCACACUGUCGCUUCUUUGUUCAAGUUAUACUUAAGAGAACUCCCAGAACCAGUCAUUCCUUGGUCCCAAUAUGAAGACUUUCUUGCAUGCAGUCAAAGGAUGGACAGUGAAAACAAGUUGGGGCAACGGGAACUAAUGAAACUGAUAUCAUUGUUGCCUCAGGAAAACUACAACCUACUUGGUUACAUCUGCAGGUUUCUCCAUGAAGUCCAGUUGCAAUCCGCUAUUAACAAAAUGAGUGUGGACAAUUUGGCCACUGUUAUUGGAGUGAAUCUCUUCAGGCCCAGGACUGAGGAUCCGGUGGCCAUCAUGAGAGGAGCACCACAAAUUCAGAAACUGAUGACUGUGAUGAUCAGCAACCAUGAUGAAUUGUUCCCAAAACACAAGGAUAAACCACCUUCCCCUUUGAAGUCAGACAGCAAGAAAGCUUCCUCUCAACGGAGCAUGGUUGGCUGGGGUGCAUCAGACAUGCAGACCGGUGCUUACAGGCCCAACCAAAUUGACGGGAUUGGGGAAAGCACAUUAGAGAGUGAAUUUGAAAACUGGAAUGAAUGCCCCAGGAAAAGGACUCAGACUCUUCCAGCCAGCAGCUGCAUGUUGAAUUCAGCCGGAGAGAUGUCCCACAGUAUUAAUAGUGCUGACUUCUCAGACAAACGCAAGUCCUUUCAAGAAAACACAACUGACAGACACAAAAGGAGUUUUUCCCAGGACCUUAUGAAGACUCCUACUGCCUAUGAACAGGUCUCCACUUAUGAUAACGAAACGGAUUCUGGUGAUUCUCAGAAAAAAGACUCUAUGAGUUCUGGAUGGUCUGCUGAACAAAGUGAAUCCAUUAGUGUGGAACUGGAGAGUUAUGAGAAUUCUCUCUUCAAGGAAAGCGAAAGCCUCUCAACAAAGACCCAAAAAGACCAACCAAAGGUGGAAAGGGAAGAUGAAAAGGUGGAGCUCGAUGUGGGGCAAAUGAGCAUGGAACAGAUUCGGAGCCAGCUUAUCGAAUUAAGAGCGGAGCUAAACAAGCAGAAGCAAAGUUAUGAGGAGAGAAUUGAAAGUGUUCUAACAGAGAAUUAUGAAGUCUGGGCCAAAGUGGUGCGACUCAACCAACAGAUGGAGAAAGAUAAGAAGCAAUAUGAAGCAAUGGAGGUCAAGCUCCAUGACACCACACGUGCACUAGAAGAUGCUGAGAAACGAAACCUUGAGUUGCAGAAGGAACUGAAGGACUCCUUUCAGGCAAAGAACAAAGCCUCAGCUUAAAUCUCCAAUAGUCAUUGGACUUGGGAACACCUUCAACAGGGCUGAGCUGAUUGUUUGUAAACAAGUAAAUAAAAAUUUCACUUUUACUUUUCUGCCACCAGUUUAUCAAGGUGGCAUGACAUUAUACAUGGAGCUAUUGAAGCAAUAGUUCUGCAGAAUUUCAUGUUGUAGAUUGACAUAAGCUACUUGCAAAUGUUUCAACAUUUGGGCAGAAUGUUUCCGAACAGAGAUGUGGAUGGCGCUCUAGAAUGGAACAGGGCUAAGUAAAUUCAGUAUAGUUCAUUUGGCAUACCCCUCACAUUUCUUCCUUACCUCCGUAUUUUCUAUUUGCUGCUGCUUCAAGAUAUCAAUUGGUAUCAGUUUGAGUUCGCACAGCAUGUUGAUGAUAUACCUCUCCCCUGUGACUGCCUUCAAACUGCUCAGAAUCUAUAAAUGUGUUAUAUGGGAUCGCCUCUUAUUAACUAUUGGGAAAUAAAUGAUCAUGUCUUUGAUUCUAUGAUAAAUAGUCUUCCUAGCCACCAACUCUAUCCUAUUAACUGUAUGAGGUUGAAACAGACAAGCAAUGCUAUAUCUGAACCUGAAGUAGGUUUCUAAUCACAUAUCCUAAGGUUCUUUCCACACCCAUAUAAUCUCCAACACCACUAAUGCCACAGCAGUUUAUCAGCUGUUAAAACCAUCCUAUCUACUUUGGAACACCCUUGAAAAAAUUCCAGUGUACUUUUGCCUAGCUGCCCAUCAAGUCACUCAUUUCAUUUAAGAAUUCUCAUUUUUGUUUUCAGACUCCAAGGUGUUUUUUUUUUGUUUCCUUGCCAUCUUCUCCAGCCCUACCACAUUUCAAAAUAUCUUUGCUCCUGCAAUUCCCUCCUUUCACACUUCCCCUAUUUUAGUUACUGCACCAGUGAUGGUUGUGCCUUUAGCUGUUAAGCUUUAAAUGCCCUGAAAUUUACUUACAGAACCUCUCUGUCUCUUCUCAUAUAAGAUGCUUGUUCAAGUCUUCUUCUUUAAUCAAGCUUUUGUUCAUCAGCCCAUUUUCUCUUUGUGAUUCUCAUGUCAAAUUUUCUUUGGUAAUGCCCUUGUGAAUCACAAUCAGAUGGUUUAAGAAUGCACUGUGCAAAUGGUUGUACCUUUAUAAAUUGUACAUAUACCAAAUGUUGUUGUUUACUGCUAUGAAGAAAUAGUUAAAUUUAUGUAAAGACUUACUCAGAUACAUCAACUUGAUAAAUGAUUUCUAACAGUUGCCUCAUGUAGAGUGAAAUGUGUAUGACUUGCUUACUAAUCUUGCACAAAUUACCACCAGAAAAAUAACUUGAAAUGAGACACAUUGUAACUGCUGCAAUUGGUUUGAUGGAUCUCAAAGAUCUCAACUACAUUUGGUUUAUUUUUGUCAUGCCACUUUUUGAGCCUGUGGUCAAUAGAAAUAGCUUGCUCCAAACAGUCAAAAAUAAGUUAUUACUAUACCAGCAAGUGGCAGGAAAA